AUGGUUACUGUCAAGAUGAUUCUUGCUCUUGCCGCCAAGAAAGGUUGGAUCCUUCAUCAACUGGACAUUUCUAAUGCUUUCUUGAAUGGUGAUAUAACUGAGGAGAUAUAUAUGGAUUUACCUCCUGGAUACGCUGAAAGAAAGGGGGACUCAAUCCCAGCUAAUGCAGUUUUACGGCUGAAGAAGUCUCUCUACGGUCUCAAACAGGCAUCAAGACAAUGGUUCCUGAAGUUUUCCUCUGUUCUCAUUGGCCUUGGGUUUCAGAAGAUCCAUGGCAAUCACACAUUGUUCCUCAGUGUUACUGACUCCACCUACAUGGCUAUACUGGUGUAUGUUGAUGACAUCCUCGUCGCAAAUAGCCGUGAGAGUGCAGUUGCUGACUUUGUUGUGUCCCUCCAAGAUCAUUUUAAACUUCGUGAUUGGCACAAGUAUGUUUUGGAGCUUCUCCGUGAAAGUGGUCUCACUGGUUGUAUGCCAUCUUAUGUUCCGAUUGAUCCUAGCAACAAACUAUCUUCGGAAUCUGGCGAUCUUUUACCUGAUGCGGAAGUUUACCGUCGCUUGGUUGGGAAGCUAAUGUAUCUCACCAUCACUCGUCCUGACAUUUCCUUCGCAGUGAACAAAAUCUGUCAGUUCUCCUCCGCUCCACGCACCGCUCAUCUGAAGGCUGCUCACAGAGUUCUUCACUACUUAAAAGGUACCAUUGGUCAGAGUCUCUUCUAUCCAGCUGAUAAUGAUUCCAGGUCAAGGCUUUUUGCGGUUCUGAUUAUGCCCAAUGCCCUGAUACUCGUCGUUUGGUCAGUGGUUUUUGCGUUUUCAUUGGUCAGUCUCUCAUCUCUUGGAAAUCGAAGAAACAGCAAGUUGUCUCUAAGUCCUCUGCUGAAGCUGAGUACACAGCUCUGUCCUUCACGGCCGAUGAAAUCAUGUGGAUUUCUCGCAUGCUUUCUGAUUAGGCGUUCCCUCGCCUUCUACUCCGGUUCCCUACUGUGA